AUGUUAGAUAUUAGAUAUUAAAGAUUGCUUACUAUUUACUGCAUAUAUCUCGUGUAAAUAAGGUUUAUCUUUUCGUCGAGCUCAUAACAACAGUUGAUCGAUUUCAAUAUUUCGAAUAUAAUUUUUGUGUACUAAAGUGUUUGAAAAUGGGUGAUAAAGAUGAUUAUUUGACAUGCUACCGAGUAUUUUUUGAAAAUUUUGCGGCGACUGUGAACCAUGAGGACCAGUUACCAGUUAACAUCGCUGGGUACACAAUCACAGAGGCCGAGUUGCCGGGAGAGGUGAUUUAUUGGAUGACCCAGUACCUGACAGAAAAACAAUGCCCACCUACGUUGAUGACGCCGCUCUGCAGGAUAAUCCUGGAGGAGGUGACGGCGGAAGCCAGGAAACACCCCCUCGUCUUCGGCUUCGACCCUAACGAAUCAGUGUUCAUAGCGCUGAAGCUGAUGCAGGCGGUGAUGGCGCGCGUGAAUGAGGUCUGCCUGCGCUACCAGGACAACUCGAAGCUGGACUCGCUGCCACCGCCGGCGCCUCUUGAUCGCGAGGCGCGCACCGUCGCCUCAGCCGCAAAGAACCUGCGACGCACCAUGGAGGACAGACAUGUAGUUAUUGGCAACUUGGAAGCACUUUUCGGCAUCGAAACAUCGGAGCCGACGAGUUUUUAUGCGGUGUACGACGGUCACGCGGGCUCAGCUGCGGCGACGUACUGCGCGGCUCAUCUGCACCAGUACCUAGUGGACAGCCCCUACUUCUGCACCGACCUGCAGCGCGCCAUGCUCGAAGCAUUCCUCAGAACUGACGCGGAGUUCGUCAGCAAAAGUAAUCAAAGGCGCGCAUGCGGCGGCAGUACAGCGGUGGUGGUGGCGGUGCGCGGACGCACGCUGCUGGCGGCGUGGGUGGGGGACUCGCUGGCGUUGCUCGCCAAGCGCAUGCGUCUGCUGCAGCUCGUACACCCGCACAAGCCAGACAGACCGGACGAAAAAGAGAGGAUAGUAUCUUGUGGAGGAACUGUAACACACUACGGCACGUGGCGAGUGAACGGACAACUGGCCGUCUCCAGAGCUAUUGGGGACGCAAAAUACAAGCCGUACGUGACAGCCCGUCCGGACAUGGAGGUGGUGAAACUGAAUGGGAAAGAGGACUUUGUGGUGGUGGCCUGCGACGGCCUCUGGGACUACCUCAGCGAGGACAAAGUCGCUAUCUCUAUAUACUCACAACUCAUGACAGACCCAAAUGACUUGAAGGCAGUGACGAAACGUCUGAUCUUCCAAGCCAAGCAGCAGGGCUCUCUGGACAACAUCUCAGUUAUUGUGGUAUUCCUGAAGGACCCACGCGACAUCGUCGCCUACAUGGAGGAGAUGGAAAACGCGUUGGGCUUGCCACCGUUCCCCGUCGAGGCGGAGGGGCGCAAACCUGACGCCGCGCCGAUUGUGAUGGAUGAGUGCGCCGACAUCGGCGACAUUGCCGACAUAGAGGUCGAGGCUGACGCCGACAAUGGUGUGUCGGACAGCGAUAGCGAGGACUUCGGCCCCGAGACUGCGGUGGACGCCGAGGAAGCCGACAACGACGUCGACACAGAUGCCCACCACCUCGAACCUGCGCCGCCAACACCGCCCGCGCACACCGUGGAGGAGAGACACGUAGACGGCGCCUUGGUGGAUAAUGUAGCUGAGAGCGGCGAAGACUCCGAGGACGAGUGGAACUAUUAUAAGGGCGAAGGCGAACCAGAACGUGAGGAUCAAAACCCGAGUGAGGAUCACGACGAUCCACCGCGCUCCGACACUCCCUGUCAAGACAAUUCAGCUUGGGAAAGUAGUUCAGUAGAUAUGAACAGUUCACCGUUAAAUCCGGAUGCCCCGGUGUUUGUGCCGGGAGGAGUGGUCGGGUCUGAUGUACUGCUGGCAGAAUCACCGCGCAAACCUCUUCCCAUGGACGACAUUGAUUUGCCUGAUGUAGCUCAGUUCCAGACCGAGGCAGUCAUCAGGCCGGCUGAGUUAUUAGAUUUGGACAAUUCAGAUCAUCUUAAUGGUCAUCAUAAUGUUUCAAUUGAUAAUGCAACAGAACAACUUAAUGGAAAUGGUAAAUGUGACAUGGAAAGCUUAGGAUUUGGUUUCAAUAUAAAUGUCGACUCUGAUAAGAUUAAGGACAUUAACCUAAUACAGGAAUUUGAAAGAAUACAGAAAGAUACUACAGAAUAUUGUGAUAUACAGGUACUCCAAGCACAAACUGAAACAAAUCCAUUUGAUGACAGAGAUGAUGAACUAUUUGAAAGACUUAAAAAUAAAGAAAGAGAUCCCAUGAGUAUGAGUUUCUAUCAGGAAAAAGAUGAUGAUACAUGUGAAAGGUUUACGAGAAUAGAAGGUCAUAUAGAUCUUAAUGCUGUUCAACCUUUACCUGAUAGUGAUGAUGAAGAUAUUGAACCUAAUGGUGCUUUCAAUAAUGUGGUCGAAAAUGAUAAGGAAAAUAUUUCGCCUGAUCAAAACACUGCUUUAUUGGAGACAGGAGACAUUCACGAACCUAACAAUGACAUUCUAAGGUUUGAUGAUCGGAUGGAAAAUUUGGUCAGCAAUGUAACAAAUUUGGAUAAUUUUAUGGACAAUAAUACUAAUAAUUCAAAUAACAUGCAAUCUUAUUCUAAUGUUGAGUUUGAAUGCAGUAACAUUCCACAAGAUGUAAUCCAGACUGAUACUCCUGAAUCUCACAAAUUAUUAUUUGAACAAAUUCCUGAAAUACCUGAUGGGAAAAGUUCAGAGCUUGGUUUCACAAAUGAUGACAUACAAGACCGAUCAGAAAGCGAAAAGGAUGUUAGAGUUAUCACACCAGAAGAUGAAGUGUCUCAUGAUAUUGAAGAUGAAAGUAAAUUUGAUGAGUCACCAAUUGCUGAUGAGCACCCUGAUUUCAUUGAGGCUGAUAUAAAAGAGGAUACAGAAAGAGAAAAAGAUAUACAGUUUGAAAGAGAUCUUCAAUCAGAAGAUGAUGGGCAUGAAAUUAAAUCAGAUAUUGAUAGUGAUUUAAAUCGCCCUGCGUCAGUUGAAGAGCCAGUUUUAUCUUCACAAGCAGUAAUAGAUCAGACGGAGGCAAUUAUGCAUCAAGUACCCAGUGAUAUAGAACAAACUACUCCAGUAGAAAUUACAAAUGAAAGUGAACAGCUUAAAGAUUUUGAGACGGAAAUAAAGGAUACAGUUUCCUCUGCUGAAAUAAAUCUCAAUGAGCUUAGUGUAGAUAAAGAUAUUGAAUUCGAGAGUGAAUUACAACCUGUUGAUCAAUCCGAGUCAGUAGUAGAACAUUCAUCUCUGUCACAAGAGGUUAUUGAUCAAACAGAAGCAAUAACGCAGAAGAUGGAUGAGAUCGCACAAAAUAUUCAGAUAGAAGUUACUAAAGAAGAAACAGAUGAUGUCAUUGAAGACAGGAAAGUUAACUUGGUAGAUGAUAUACAGGGACCAUUGGAUAAUGAGUUUGAUGUGGAGCUAGAGUGUAAAGAAGUGCAAGAUGUUAUUUCUAAGUCGCCACUACCUACUGAUGUACCGGCUGUACAGGAAGAUUUUGAUGAACCUGGUGAAUCUGAUGUUCUUUUAUAUAACAUGUCACGAGAUAGUGAAUUCGUCACUCAGUCUCCACUACCUGCGGAAUCACCACUACCUGUGGUGUCACCGAAACCUGUCGAGUCACUGCCAGUAGAAUCGCCGACACCUGUGGAAUCGCCUCUACCUGCGCAGUCAUCUCUCCCAGUAGAAUCAUCACAAAUUGUGGAUUCAUCACUCCCUACGAAAUCACCUGUACCCAGUGAGUCGCCACUACCUGACACUUUACAGUCCGUAGAUAACUUUGCAACAGAAUUAAAUGCUAGUGAUUUAUCAGCAAAGGAAGCAGGAGACUUCUUAGGUAAGGAAUCACCGCUACCAAGUAAAUCGCCACUACCAACUGAAUCCCCCUUACCAACUGAAUCACCACUACCAACCGAAUCACCACUACCAACCGAAUCACCGCUACCAAGUCAGUCACCACUACCAUCUAAAUCACCACUACCAACUGAACUGGCAUUGCCAAGUGAAUCACCUCAAAUUAGUGAAUCACCAGCCCCAAUUGAAGAAUUAAUACCUAAAUCACCUUUACCAGUGGAAUUGUCUUCUCCGAGAGUUUCCCCAAUACCAACAGAAUCUGUUAUAAGUGAAACUACAUUACCAAUUGAUGAUGUGCCUCAAGAACUACUGUCUGAACAUAAAUCUCCUGUGCCUCAGGAAGAACCUCAGUUCACUGAACAAAUUGAAGCUAAUGAAUCACAUACAUCACUUGAAGCACAUUUAGAACAACAGACAAUUUCACAAAUUGAAGAUAUUGAAACAGUUGUGUUAUCACAUCAACUACACGCUACAUCGCCUGUUCCCCUUCAAAUACCUACUGAUAUCGCUGCACCGGCAGAUUCUCCAACACCUAGUAUACCAGCUGUGUCUGCCAAGUCUCCAGCACCCACACUAGACGAUGUUCAAGCUCUAGAUUUAAAUGACAAAGUAGCAGACUUACCGUGCGAAUCAAGACUGACUCCUGAAAUUCCCCAAGAAACUGUUUUAGAGCCAGUUUCGGAUAUCGCCCCGCAAUCGGAAACGAUAGUCGCCGAGCCCACAGGACCGACGCCGGAUUUAGUACCUGAAGAGCGUGGCGAUGUACCUCAAAUGCGAACCGAACUCGUUACCGAUAUCGAUAUCGGCAUCCCUGAAUCUCGUGCACAAGAAAUCUGCGUCCCCGUCACCAGUGAGAUUCAGCUCGAUGAUGCCAUGCCAGCCACCGCUGGCACUCCCCCGCCCACCCCGGCCGUGGAGCCCGUUCAGAUGGCGCCCACUUCGCUCGACAUCGCGCCCGUCAACGAAACGUCUUUGAGCGUCGACGCGGUCGCCGUGGCCGCCGCGACCGCCGCUGCCGGCGCGACCGUCGCCGCGGCUGCCGUCACCGCAGCCAAAACGAAGACUCCAGCCUCGAAAAAAUCUCCAACCACUCCUACUGCGAAAACACCCAAACCUGCUCCCAAGUCUACUGCUACACCACGAACGCCUGCUUCCGCCGUAAAGAAGACCGCGACGGCGUCGCCGGCCCCGAAAACGCCGACGACCCCGAGACCGAUAGCCGCGAAAACAUCCCUCAGUGCUAAAACGACUCCCACCACAAAAGCGGCCGCUAAACCGAGCACCCCGUCGUCCAAACCGACGACGCCCGUCACAAAACCGGCGACCAAACCUUCACCGGCGCCCGUCAAGGAGGCGCCGGCGGUAGCUAAGGCCGCACCCGCACGCGUCGCCGCUCGCCCGCCCUCGAAACCGGCCGCCGCCAAGCCCGCCUCCGCGCCCGCCAAGACCGGCACGACCGCGGCCGCCAAGCCCGCGGCACCUCGCCCCGCAGCACGACCCGCCUCUGCCCGACCAGCCGGCGCGGCCCCCGCCUCCGCCACAAUGAAGCCCAAAGUCGAGGUCAAGCCGAAACCGGCCGCAGCGAAGCCCCUCAUGAACGGCGAUGUUAAAGCGACCACAAAGGCCCCCGCCAAACCGCCGGCGAGCGCGCGACCCGCCGCCAAGCCCGCGCCUAAACCUGCCCCACGGACUGCCACCACUACUGCAGCGCCCGCCAAGGCCCCGGCUCCCCGAGCAGCCGCGCGCCCAGCUCUGGACAAACAGAGCAAGGAUCUCGCCAACAAGCGCAUCACAGCCAAGGCAGCGCCCCCGAGGACUGCCCCUGCUAAGGCCCCCAUAAGCGCAAAGAGUGCCGUUACAAAGACCGGUAUUAAGAAGGUUGAACCUGUGAAGAAGGAGACAACGCCGGUGACAAACGGGUGUGCGGUGGCCAAGCUGCCGCCCAGUCCGCCGCCCGCAGACAACGCGCUGCUGCCCGACGUCAUCGCGUAGACAUCCUCAGACCCUCAGCCCCUCAGCCCCUCAGCUCGACACUCGCUAACGAUUCCUAUUAUUUCCGCUUACAUUUUGUGAUUUUCUUUAAGUGUAUUAUAGUUUUAAAGCCCCUCGAGGCGCGUCGUUAGGUGCGGGAGUCAUCUCCCAAUUUUAUAUGAUAGAGUCGCUUUUUAUAGAUUUGUAAGUCGCCGACUCGCUGUGAGCCUUCCCUGGUUAUUAUUCAUCGUAACGAGUCUGUUUAGAAUUUUUAUAUUACCAACGAAAGAUUGAUUUGAAAUCUGAUUUUUUUUUAUUUAUUUCCUU